AAUUCACGUACUUAGACCAACUUCGACAUCCUGCUGCACCACCGUCGCAUUCUAGAACGCAACUCGACUGACCGAGCAAUAUUCAGUUACAUCUUGGUCUUUCACGAUACUAUCAUCAACUGUACGUAGUGGCUAUACACCUGUACCUUCCAUGGUUUGGAAAUCUGAUGGUUACGUUGCCUGUCUCAACGGUCUUCGUUUUUAUCUUGGAGCUAAUACAGAUGAGGAGAUAUCGCACCGAUACUAUCCAACAAUUGAACGUUAGAACACCAGACUACUUACUAAAGAACAAUGCUUACUGCACCGCCCGUCGACUAGAUCUCAAGAUAAGUUGCAAUGUCCGAAGGUCAUUGGCGCCACCGGCCACAGCUUGUAUAGUGAAAUCAGGAAAACUCGUUUUUCACACAAGACAAUUAUCUGAUGCUCGAUAACAAAAUUAUAGGCUAUGGUCAUAAGCGAAAAAUAUUUAAUGUGCGUGUCUAUAAUACGCUGGCCUUCCUGUCCCAGCCUCCCAUAAUGAUGGCAGCUUCUUCCAGACCUACAGAAGAAAAUCCGCAUCCAUCCAGCCUUCUUGCAUACAAUGCACUCCCGGGUCACCAGGACUUUGACCCGACAAUAGCUGAUGCGAAGCCCAUUGCUGAUACUGUAACUGAGUUCUACGACCGCAGUCUGACGAGUCGCAAAUAUGCCCUUGUCGGAAUGGCAUGUACAAGUAUCUUCAGCUGCUUAUGUAUCAUUACAGGUAUUGUCACUGUAGCCAGUCACGGAAUCAUGGGAGUAGCCCCACUCAGCAUACCAGUAACCGUGGUCCUAAAGCCUGACGGCCCCAUUCUUAAUAAUUUUGGGUUUCCUCAAUCGCCACUGCAGGCGGAACUAUUGACCCUGAUGCUCGACUUAAUCGUCACGUUAUGUACCGAGUCCACAGGCUUCGUACACGGCAUCGCAUUGCGCUCUGCGCUAGCAUCAGAGUCUCGGCUUCGUUUCAACACCAAUUUGCGCCUUCUGACCGCAGCUCGUGGAUGGCAUAACCCUAAUGGCGCCCUGCUUAAUGGUAUCUCGGCUGUCCUCCUCAUUAUAUCCUACAGCUCAUCCUCACUCAUCGUAUGUGUGGACCAGCGAGUCCCAUAUGAAUUCACGGAUGGAUCCAUCAUACAAGGGAGUGGGAGUGUCGCCAUCGCAGGAAUACCUCUCCUCAUUUUAGGUGUCGCACUCCUCCUCCAGGUGAUCAUCGCAUUGUCAGCGAUGCGGGCUGUCAAAAUAUUGACAUGGAGCUCCUCACCUUUCGACUUGACCGCCGCACUCGUCCACCACACACAUUUGACCCCUGCGACUUUCCGGUGCAUGCGUCGCGUGUCUGACCUAGACACGUAUGGAGGACCAGCGAAGCCACCAGAAACACAGCCCUCUCCAUGGCAUGCUCACCCUAGUAUCCGGAAAGUUGUCAUUUUUCUGUGGGUUAUUGUUGCAGCAUACGCUGGAUGGGCCGCACUCGUCAUGUAUAUCUGGAACCACCCUUCUGUCAACAUGCUGAUCAUGGUUAUUCCUCUGACCCUACAAACGUGGUCGUUCUUCCCAACAUGGGAUAGCAAUUUUAUCAUGUAUUUUAUGCUAGGUGUCAACCUUAAAAGGUGGAUUCUACUCUUUCUCGACAUUUCGGUUGUCCAGGGAUCGUUGACGCUUGGGCUGCAUUGCUCGGAGCUCAUCAUAAAUGUCAUUAGAGACGAAAGACAGUGGAGAUCCGCUACCACAAGGCAAGGACUUAGAGUGGCGACGAACCCGCUGAAGCCAAUUUUCACUCAUCCGCUUUGUCUCAUACUUUUUAUCGUGAAGCCUUUCCUGCACUGGAUGUUUGGGCUUUCAUUCAACAUAGACUCACUCGUCAUUGACGAGACCCUCGAAGAUUUUGCGAUAAGUAUGUACACUGCCCAGAUCUGGAACUUAUGCAUUGCGCUCUUUAUACUUGCCUGUUUUUUCACUUUAAUCUCACUGCUCCGACCACACGGUCCCCAGCCAGCUGCAUAUGGCCACCUGCAGACGCUCGCCAACCUCGUGGAUGAGUGGUCGCCUGUGAUGUGGUGGGGACACAAGGAGGAUGGAAUUCCGUACUGUCAUGCUGGGACGAGCGAUCACCCGCUGCCGGAUGUGAAGAUGGACUGCGUUUAUGCUGGUUCCGGUCCUGGGUCUCUGGUACCCCUCUCGUAAGAGAGAAGUAUAUCUAUGUCAGGCUGGUGAUGCAUUCGCGGUGCACACAAUCAGCGAACGAGACGUACAAUGUUCAUGCUAUCUACUGCGUUCUAGUUGGUUCUUUUUCUUAU